AUGGCUUCCAACAAUAUGAUUAACGCUGGGGUGGAUCCCAACAUUGAAGACGAACUCUUUGCCAAGGAGGUUGAAGCCGUCAAAACAUGGUGGAGUGAUUCCAGAUGGAGAUAUACCAAGAGGCCUUUUACUGCGGAACAGAUUGUCUCAAAACGGGGACAUUUGAAGAUUGAGUACCCCAGUAGUGCCCAGUCCAAGAAGUUGUGGAAUAUCCUAGAGGGCCGAUUCAAGAACCGUGAUGCUAGUUACACUUAUGGCUGCUUGGAACCAACCAUGGUCACACAAAUGGCGAAGUACCUGGAUACGGUUUAUGUCUCUGGCUGGCAAUCAUCUUCAACUGCGUCUUCAUCUGACGAGCCUGGCCCAGAUUUGGCUGAUUAUCCCUACACAACUGUCCCGAACAAGGUGAAGCAUCUUUUCAUGGCACAAUUGUUCCACGACCGAAAGCAAAGAAACGAGCGCGUCAGCGUGUCGAAAGCGGAGCGAACAAAACUCCAGAAUAUCGAUUAUCUCCGACCGAUCAUUGCGGAUGCCGACACAGGUCAUGGUGGUCUCACGGCUGUCAUGAAACUCACCAAGCUCUUCAUCGAAUCUGGCGCCGCCGGUAUACAUAUCGAGGACCAGGCCCCUGGUACGAAGAAGUGCGGUCAUAUGGCUGGCAAGGUGCUCGUCCCCAUCAGCGAACACAUCAACCGUCUGGUCGCCAUCCGCGCCCAGGCUGACAUCAUGGGCACCGACUUGCUUGCCGUUGCUCGUACAGAUGCCGAGGCUGCCACACUCAUCACCACAACGAUCGACCCUCGCGAUCAUGCGUUCAUUCAGGGCUCUACAAACCCGAACCUGCAGCCCUUGAAUGACCUCCUCUUUGCUGCGGAGCAGACGGGUAAGACCGGCGAAGAACUGCAGAACAUCGAGGAUGCCUGGAUCAAGCAGGCCGGCCUCAAGCGCUUUGACGAGGCCGUCGUCGACGCCAUCGGCGCGGGCGCGUACCAGAACAAGAAAGAACUAAUCCAGCAGUACGUGUCCCAGUCCAAGGGCAAGAGCAUCAGCGAGGCCAAGGCCAUCGCUCAUGGCAUCACCAACGUUGACAUCUACUUCAAUUGGGACGCGCCUCGGACACGGGAGGGAUAUUACCGUCUCAAGGGUGGCUGUGACUGCGCCAUCAAUCGCGCGAUCGCCUAUGCACCAUACUGCGACGCCAUCUGGAUGGAGAGCAAACUGCCCGAUUUCAAGCAGGCGCAGGAAUUUGCCAACGGUGUGCAUGCGGUCUGGCCCGAGCAAAAGCUCGCAUAUAACCUUUCCCCCUCGUUCAACUGGAAGUCGGCGAUGCCCCGCGACGACCAGGAGACCUACAUCCGCCGCCUGGCAUCCCUGGGCUACUGCUGGCAGUUCAUCACGCUCGCGGGCCUGCACACGACGGCGCUGAUCAGCGACCAGUUCGCCCGGGCGUACGCGAAGAACGGCAUGCGCGCCUACGGCGAGCUGGUGCAGGAGCCCGAGAUGGACGGCGGCGUGGAUGUGGUCAAGCACCAGAAGUGGAGCGGUGCGAGUUACAGUGAUGAGAUGCUGAAGAUGGUCACGGGUGGUAUCUCGAGCACGAGUGCCAUGGGCAAGGGUGUGACAGAGGAUCAGUUUCAUUAG